AUGGCUCCCACGCCAGUUGCAACCGCCGAAUCGUCGGUACAUCCCGUCGAACACUCUCCUUCCUCCUCCGUCGAUCGUUACGAUUCAUCCGAUUCCUUGCCUAACUUUUUCGGUGACGCCGAAAUUCAGUUGCAGUCUCCGGAUGUUUUGAAGAGUGAAGAGUAUCGUCAAUUGUUUCAUCUUCCACAGGAAGAAGUCCUAAUCGAAGAUUUUAACUGUGCUCUCCAGGAAAACAUCCUUAUUCAGGGUCAUAUGUACCUAUUCGUCAAUUACAUUUGUUUCUACUCAAACAUUUUUGGAUUCGAGACAAAGAGAAUUAUCCCUCUCCCUGAAAUCACAGGCGUACGGAGGGCAAAGACAGCUGGGAUAUUUCCCAAUGCCAUUGAGAUUCUUUCCGGAAGCAAGAAGCACUUCUUUGCAUCGUUUCUAUCCCGUGAUGAAGCUUUUAAGAUUAUUAACGAGGGAUGGUUGCGACAGGGAAACGAUGCCAGAGUAAUAAUGGAACAGCAGGAAUCCCAAUCGGAGUCCAACGGCCAAGAGGUUGGAUUCGUAAAUGUUGAAAAUGUCAAAAGUUCUGAUAUACUUGACAAUGAGGCACUUUCUACUGACCCGAGCCAAGGUACUUCUAUUUGCAAAGAUGUGGGAGUUCCAUCCAUUGUUGGAGAAGGCCCUAUAUUGAUGGAUGUUCCAGAGAAGCAAUUCAGUGUUGAAGUUGCUGAGUCUGAAUUGAAUAAUAAUAAUCCCCCUAGAGUGAGUUGGAGCUGGAAUGAGGAGGAUCUUGAUGCUCCGACAACCCCAGAAGCUUAUACGUGUGUUGCAGAAUCAAUAUUUCCGAUAAAGGUUGAAGACUUCUUUAGGUACUUUUUCUCGGAUGAUGCUGUAAAUUUUCUUGAGUCUUUCCGUGAAAGAUGCGGCGAUAAAGAUUUUAAGUGUGCUUCAUGGCAUCCUCAAGAGAAAUUUGGGUAUUCCCGUGAUCUGUCAUUUCAACAUCCAAUAAAAAUUUAUCUUGGAGCAAAAUUGGGUGGCUGCCAUGAGGUACAGAAAUAUCGAGUUUAUAGGAACAGUCAUUUGGUUAUACAAACAUCGCAAGAAGUCAGUGACGUACCUUAUGCAGAUUAUUUUCAAGUUGAGGGGCUGUGGAGUGUAGAGAGAGACAAAGAUGAAUCAAAAGAACGCUGCAUUUUACGGGUAUAUGUGAAUGUGGAAUUUUCCAAGAAAACUAUCUGGAGAGGCAAAAUAGUACAAUCAACAGUUGAUGAAUGUAGAGAUGCUUAUGCGACAUGGAUGAACAUGGCACACGAGUUCUUGAAACAGAAGAACCUUGAAAAACAAGAAAAUGGUCCCAUUGCUGCUGUAGCUCAAAAUGGAAAAAUGAAUUUUGACAGAGAAGCAAAGACAGGAGAAUCUUCAGAAGGACCACAGGAUCAAAGUACUCCUACAAGGAGACAAACUACAUCCAAUGUCAUUGACGCUAUUCACAAUGUUAGUUCUCAAUUGCAAGGAAACUUCAUUGACACGUCGUCUGUUCCAUCUUUGUUCAAAGAGUUUGCGACAAAGAUUAGGUCAUCUUUGAAAAGUCAGAGCAAUCUUUCACUGCUCCUAGUUGCCAUUUUUGCGCUGAUUUUCGUCAUGCAGCAGUUUAGCAUACUUGUGCUCUUGUCCAGACCUCAACAUAUACAUAUGAAUCCUCCUGUAGACUUUAUGAAUAAGAUGGACAGUGGAGUAACUAGAAGUUCUUCAGACAUAGCAUGGCUAGAGAAAAGAGUUCAUCACCUUAAAGAUGAGAUGUAUAUGGUUGAGACUAGGCUUGAAAGAAUGCGGUAUGAACACGCACUCUUAAAAAAGCAAAUAAAUGAUCUUGAACAUAAAUAG